AUGACCCCUUUCAAGAGACUACUUCAGGAUUCUUUGCAGGACGACGUGUUCUCUUCGCUGAUACUCUUCGCCAAACGUCUUGAUGGAUCCGAUAUCGUAUCCGAAUGCCUAGGCGGGCCAUCGUCAUCAUGGCCCAAUCAAGCCCCCAUCGACAAAGAAACUGUCUUUACGCUAGCUUCCUGCUCGAAGCUCCCACUCACAGUAGCCGUAUUACAGCUUGUAGAGAAACGGCUCCUCGCACUAGACACAGAUGUGAGCUCCAUACUCCCAGCCCUGGGACGUCAAAAAGUCUUAGCUGGCUGGCGGCCAGACGGCUCACCCAUCCUCAACGAGCGUCGCAACCCAAUAACCCUUCGCCACUUAUUGACACACUCCGCCGGCACGAGCUACUACUUCCAAAACAAAGACCUAAAACGGCUUCGAAGUCUCAGAGGAAGCCUCCCAGCUACCUUGGAGCCCACUAUUGAAGAGCGUUACGAUGACCCGCUCCUCUUCGAACCGGGCGAGGGUUGGGACUAUGGUUGUGGGCCAGAUUGGGCAGGCAAACUGAUAGAGCAGCUUACCGGCAUGUCUCUGGAAAAAUAUCUAAGACUACACGUGUGGGCACCCCUGGGAGCAUCUAGCUUCACUUUCUGGCCAAACGCAGAGGGGAAAGAUCACAAGGUCGCCACCCUCACGGAAAGAAACGUAACUACCGGGAGACUCGAGGUGCAUCCUGAUGUCCUGACCUUGAAUCAAGGAGUCGACACGGAGUGCUUCGGAGGCCAUGGGGCUUACUGCAGCGCAGGAGACUACAUGGAGCUCAUCUUUUCCAUCUUCAGCAACGACAGGCGUGUGCUCCAGCCCGAUUCUGUGGAGAUGAUGUUUCAGGCCAACUUGUCGGACCAAAGCAGAGCAGCUCUGCAAGCAGAUUUCGACAGGCGAAAACUUACCAUUGGCGACUUCUACCGCGGCGAGGUCUACAAUUGGGGAUUGGGAGGAAUGUUGAUCGACGGCCGUCGUUCCGAGGCGGAGUGCCCCCGGGGACCAAAUACUUUGGCAUGGGGCGGUGGAACGAACCAAUUUUGGUUUAUUGAUCGAACCAACGGCUUCUGUGGUCUCAUCAUGUCUCACGUCCUCCCACCUCAAGACCCUCAGAUCGAGGAAAUCAUUGGCGCAUUUCAACGACAUGUGUACAAGUCAAACCAUGAUUACGGUUUCCGAAGCUUUUUGUGA